AUGUCUUCUUGGUUGAAGGUGAAGCAGCUAUACCCCGGAUUCCAAAAUUGCACCAGGGCUCAAAUUAAAGGCUCACGGAAGCGUAGCCAGCCAGAUCUGACACUUGCAGACUGUCCCCUUCUUCCUUUUGAGUCUUUUCUGACCAUAGUCUCUAACGAAAAUGAAUGUCUAUAUCCUGAUGGAAAAUUUUCAACACCAUCGGCAUGUACUUUACAUGGCUGCAAGAGUAGAACGUUCAAACAAAUUCGAUCCUCAGCUCAAGCAAUAGACUUUCAGAAGAUAAGGUUACAGGAGCUACUGAAGUCCGAGGAUCAUGAAGAAGGUCGUGUACCUCGAACAGUAGAAUGUGAAUUGACCGAAGAUCUUGUUGAUGUGUGCAUCCCUGGAGAUGUGGUAACAGUCACUGGAAUUAUAAGAGUUAUCAACAAUUACAUGGAUAUUGGAGGAGGAAAAUUCAAAGGCAGAAAUCAAGGAUUUUACUAUCUGUACAUAGAAGCAGUUUUUGUGAAAAAUUCCAAGUUGCUAUCUAUGACUGAAGAUUUGGAAGAUUCAAACAGUGAUGCUAGGCCAACAGAGCUAGUAGAUUUGUUCUCUUUCUCUCCAAUGGAUUUGGAAUUUAUUGUGAAGUUUCGAGAAGAGCAUGGUUCAGAUGUCUUUCGCCAAAUACUUCAAUCCAGGAUGCAACGGGUAACUCGGACGGCGGCAAAAUCGCUAUAUCGCGGACGAAAUCAUGGUCGCGGAACGUUUUUUUGA